AUGUCAGUCGUGUGCCAUUUUUUCCGCUUUCAUUUGUUUACAAGAACUUCGUCUGCCCGUGGCAGAAAAAUGUGAAAAGCAACUGCGUAAUCUAAGGAGUCUCUGUCUCUUGUUUUUACUUGAAAAGAUGUAACUCUGUAUUGCUUCGGUACAUACUUAACUGUGAAUACACAUGGACAUCUGAUUUUGUGCAGUUUCUUAAAGUGAAGGUUCAGGAUAUUUGUGUGGCUUCCCGACCAAGCAGCACCGGGAGAAGCUAAAGGAUGAACUGCCGCUCGCAAGUAUUAGAGGUGUCGGUGGAAGGCAGGCAGGUGGACGAAGCUAUGCUGGCUCUGCUACAUACCAUCCUGCUACAUCGCAGCACUGGCAAGUUCCACUAUAAGAAAGAGGGCACUUACUCCAUCGGGACUGUCGGAAUCCAGGACAUAGACUGUGACUUCAUCGAUUUCACGUUUGUCAGGUUGUCAUCGGACGAGCUGGAUAGAGCGAUCAGGAAGGCAGUUGGAGAAUUUAAGGAUGCUUUACGCAGUUCUGGGAAUGAUGGAGCAGGGCAGAUCUCUUUGGAGUUUUACCAAAAGAAAAAGUCUCGUUGGCCUUUCUCUGAUGAGUGCAUCCCUUGGGAAGUGUGGAGUAUCAAGGUCAAUGUUGUCAACCUAGCUAAUGAGCAAGAAAGACAGAUCUGUCGAGAGAAAGUGGGUGAGAAACUUGGGGAAAAAGUGAUUAAUAUUGUGGAGGUGAUUAACCGACAUGAAUACUUGCCUAAGAUGCCUACACAGUCUGAAGUGGACAAUGUCUUUGACACAAGUUUAAAAGAUGUGCAGCCUUAUUUAUAUAAAAUUAGUUUCCAGAUCACAGAUUCUCUGGGUACAUCUGUCAGCACCACCAUGAGACGACUUAUUAAGGACACUUUAGCAUUGUAGAGACUCCAUGCUUAUGCUGUUGGUGCUUGUUUGCCGCAGCAGUCUUCGUUGUUGUUUAUCAUGAGUGUCAGUUUUGUUGUCUAGGCAUACUUUAUGUCGGUUACACACUGUCUACUGUUUUAUAUAAUUAAGUGGAGUACUUAAAUGGAAAUGUGUAUUUCCUUAUUCUUCUUAGUAAUUCUCUGUCACAUUUACUUUAUAUCAGAUGUAAAGGGAGGCUUGUAAUUUAGUGUUUUUUGACUUUUAGAGAGAUUAUUGUAUGAUAUUUAUUCAAAAAUGUAACAGCAGUUUCAGGUAAUGUCAGAUACUAGCUGACUGAUACUUUUUAAUUACGUGAAUGAAAAAGGUGGGAGAAACAGUUAAUUAAUUUUUAUUUAACAUGAUUAAUAUGCAUACUUUUUAUGUUAAUGCUGUAAAUUAAUAAAGUACAA